UUGAUGAUUUGACAACCUUGCUUUGUCUCGCAACCAAACCUCCAAUUGGAUUUGUUUACACCGGCAACCAAAACCAAAACAUUCAGCCUUUCAUCUCCAGCUUCUCAUCCACGAUAACAUAACCUAAUUACUUCUACCUUCACACAACAUCAUAUCAUCCAUCCAUCCAUCCAUCCAUCCAUCCAUCCGUCCAUCCAAUCGAUUUCAAUCAAAUUCCCAGUCCCAUUCUUGCCUUCCUUUCUUCAAUGAAUAUAUCCAAUUGUACCUACCUAACACAACAUCCAAGAUUAACCAAAACUGUACUCUCACUAAAAAUCAUCAUCAAUUAUACAUAACUCUCUUUAUACUCGAUUUCUGGGGAAUAUUUCGAAUCUCCGCAACAACCAUGGUAAGUUGUUCACCGUUUCCACUUUUCAAAAGUCGCGGUUUCCAACUCUUCAAUAUGAUGAAUGGAGUCCCAGAAAAAAAUAUGCAAGACUAACGCACAUUGACUUUGGCUAGUCAAUGUCUGCUUCUUACAAACCAUCACCGCUCUCUUUCGGUUCACCUCGAGCUUCACCAUUUCGAAGACCUGAAUCCCAAUCUCCCGCCGCAGCUUCUCCUUCUCCUCUCAGACAAUCAACUCCGAAUCCAACACUUGUAGCUGCAAAAAAUAUGUUGACGCCAACUAGAUUUGGUAAUUCUGGUACUUCCAAUUCAACAACUGAGACAACUACGAGUAAAUGGACUCCUAGAGGUAUUCCUCCUGCCUUUCGUGAAUUUGAACCUUCACCUACAAAAGGCGCAAACAUAAGUCCAGUAUUUGGUGGCCCAUUGAAGGGUGCGAAUUCCAAUUAUUCUAGCGAUGAUAAUGCGAUCUCGAAAUUAUCGCAGGCGCAAGUCAGGGAAAUGAGGGAAGGAUUUCAGAUACUAGAUAGAGAUAGUGAUGGACAAGUUGGUAGAGAAGACGUAGCUGAUAUGUUGACACAAUUGGGUAUGUUCACCUUGAUAAUCUUUCCAACCACUCCAAGCUAAUAUUUCUUAGGUCUUUCCUCCAAUGCUUCAGAAUUAGCUGCUUACUUUCCACCGUCGACUCCACAAACCGUCACACUUCCUACAUUUCUUAAUUCGCUCGCUACACUUCUCUGUACCCUUUCACCAACGCCAGAACUAUUAGAUGCGUUUUCAGCAUUCGACGAAGAUGAUAGUGGUCAAGUCGACUAUGCAGAAUUACGAGAUGCUUUAAUCAAUACGGCUCCCGAUCCAGGUGUAAAACCUUUAACUGAACGGGAAGUCGAUAGAGUUAUGGGUGGAUUUACAGCACGAAAAGCUUUGUCAAAACAUACAGGAGCGAUGGGUGGAGCUAGACGGCAGGAUGUAUUCAAAUAUCAGGAGUUUAUUGCUAAUGUUGCUGGAGGAUCCGGACCGGAUGGAAGAGGGGAAAAGGUUAGUGAUGAUGGUGAUGAGUAAUGUUACAUAUGGAAAUAUAUGUGUGUAUGAAGUAGUAUGGGUAGGGUUUGGCGGCCAGGAUUUGGGAAUGGCGGUGGCUUUGUAUCGGCGUUUCUGUGUGUAAUAAUCGGUUGGUCGGUCCUGGACAAUGAAUAAGACCAAAUUGGGAGGAAGGUUAUGGUUUCAACUGUAAUUGAUGUUUCUUAUCUGUAUACAUGAAUAUGGAUUAUUUGGAGUGAUUUUCUGGAUGCGGAAAUAAAUACCAC